AUGAGACGAGAAACGGUGGGUGAAUUUUCUUCAGAUGACGAUGAUGAUAUUCUUUUGGAAUUAGGCACCAGGCCUCCAAGGUUUACUCAAAUACCGCCAUCAUCAGCAGCAUUACAAACACAAAUUCCCACUACUUUGGAGGUUACAACGACCACAUUAAACAAUAAACAGAGUAAAAAUGAUAACCAACUGGUUAACCAACUGAAUAAAGCUCAAGGUGAAGCAAGCAUGCUUCGUGAUAAAAUAAACUUUUUGAACAUUGAAAGGGAAAAGGAAAAGAAUAUUCAAGCCGUCAAAGUUAAUGAAUUGCAAGUCAAGCAUCUUCAAGAGUUGGCUAAAUUAAAACAAGAAUUACAGAAACUGGAAGAUGAGAAGAAGUUCUUACAGAUGGAAGCGAGAGGAAAAUCGAAAAGGGAAGUUAUUACGAAUGUAAAACCACCGUCAACAACAUUAUCAACAAACACAAACACUAUAACGCCAGAUUCGUCCUCAGUUGCAAUCGAAGCAAAACCUCAAUCACCACAAUCAAAAAAACGUAAGAUAAGUGAUAAUUUACUGAAAAAAAAUAUGGUUCCCCUAAACCCAAAUAGGAUUAUUCCCGAUGAAACGAGUUUAUUUCUAGAGUCAAUAUUACUUCAUCAAAUAAUAGGCGCUGACCUGAGCACAAUAGAAAUAUUAAAUAGAUUGAAGCUUGACUACAUCACAGAGUUUAAAUUUAAGAAUUUCGUCAUUGCUAAAGGAGCCCCCAUAGGGAAGUCCAUAGUUUCUCUACUUUUGCGAUGUAAAAAGACGUUGACCCUCGACAGGUUCAUAGAUACUUUGCUAGAGGAUAUAGCUGUUUUGAUCAAGGAAAUAUCAGUUCAUCCAAAUGAAUCGAAAUUAGCUGUCCCAUUUCUCGUUGCAUUGAUGUAUCAGAUUGUACAAUUUCGUCCUAGUGCCACUCAUAAUUUAGCACUGAAGGAUUGUUUUCUUUUUAUUUGCGAUUUAAUAAGAAUCUAUCAUCAUGUAUUGAAAGUACCGAUACAUGAAUCAAAUAUGAAUUUGCAUGUAGAACCUCAGAUUUUCCAAUAUGAACUGAUAGACUAUUUGAUAAUUUCGUAUUCCUUUGAUCUCCUAGAAGGUAUAUUAAGGGUACUGCAGUCGCAUCCUAAGCAAACUUAUAUGGAAUUUUUUGAUGAAAAUAUUCUAAAAUCAUUUGAAUUUGUCUACAAACUAGCACUAACCAUUUCAUACAAGCCAAUGGUAAAUGUAAUAUUUAGUGCAGUCGAGGUCGUUAAUAUUAUCACUAGUAUAAUAUUAAAUAUGGACAAUUCCUCAGAUCUGAAAUCCUUGAUAAGCGGUAGUUGGUGGAGAGAUUGUAUUACAAGAUUAUACGCUCUUUUGGAAAAGGAAAUUAAGAGUGGCGACGUAUAUAAUGAAAAUGUGGAUACUACAACUCUUCAUAUGUCGAAGUACCAUGACUUUUUUGGGUUAAUCCGAAAUAUAGGUGAUAAUGAAUUGGGAGGAUUGAUAUCAAAGCUGAUUUAUACUGACCGAUUGCAAAGUGUCCCAAGGGUAAUUUCUAAAGAGGAUAUUGGGAUGGAUAGCGACAAAUUCACUGCCCCUAUAAUAGGUUACAAGAUGGAAAAAUGGCUUUUGAAGUUAAAAGAUGAAGUUUUAAAUAUUUUUGAAAAUUUAUUAAUGAUCUAUGGAGACGAUGCGACCAUAGUAAAUGGAGAAAUGCUCAUCCACUCCUCUAAAUUCUUAUCCAGGGAGCAAGCGUUAAUGAUAGAAAGGUACGUGGGACAAGACUCCCCGAACUUGGACCUCAGAUGCCAUCUUAUUGAACAUACUUUAACCAUAAUAUAUAGGCUAUGGAAAGACCAUUUCAAACAAUUGCGUGAAGAACAAAUCAAGCAGGUAGAAAGCCAAUUGAUUAUGUCACUAUGGAGGUUUCUCGUAUGCCAAACCGAAACUGUGACAGCAAACGAAAGAGAAAUGAGAGAUCAUCGACACCUUGUAGAUAGUUUGCAUGAUCUGACGAUAAAGGAUCAAGCCUCUUAUUACGAAGAUGCCUUUGAGGAUUUACCAGAAUAUAUCGAAGAAGAAUUGAAGAUGCAAUUGAAUAAAAGAACGGGGAGAAUAAUGCAAGUAAAGUACGAUGAGAAAUUUCAAGAAAUGGCAAGAACUAUUCUUGAGUCAAAAUCAUUCGAUCUAACCACACUAGAGGAGGCCGAUUCAUUAUAUAUCUCAAUGGGACUGUAA